UGUCUACUGUGGGAGUUGUCUUGUCUCUGCCUCUCCUUAAAUUGAGGUGUCUGCCCAUGUAUACUACGACUGUCCUGAACACACAGAAAAAACUGAACUCUUUGGGAAGCUCUUUAAGAGCCAUCAUGGAAAACAGUGGAGACCUCGUCCCGUUUAUGAAGGAGGUGCUGCGGCAGGGGCCCAGCAGGAGCAUGGUGAAGAUCUACGUGCUGGGCUCCGCGCUGACCCUGCUCGGAAUGGUCGGCGGAGUGGUGGAAAUGAUUCUCCUGCCCUUUUCCGGGGACGGCCCCGCUGAGGGCAAACAGACCACAGAGCUUUUCAUGGACACGAAGAGAAGGGAGAAGCUGCUGCUGAAAUCCCAUCAUGUGCAGAUCCACACGGAAGCUGAGGACAUGCUGAGCAUGGUGGUGCCAGAGGCCAAGCCCAAGCGUCUGGGCACAGUCACACGGAGAAGCUCAGCCACUCGCCUACAUGCUUCCUAAAGAGACUCUUGCCUUCAGGGAAAUGGACACUGCAGACACAAACAAUAGCAAACUGCACCUUUUUUAUGCUUUUCUAAUUUAUUUUACUUUUGGUUAAAAGUGGUUUCUACUGAUUUUGUUGACAGAGAACAUCAGAUGAGGUAAUACACUGAAAACUACAGGAUACAGUGACCUCAGGCUGCUGGGCAGCAGAUUCCUACAUGGGUCAGAUCUGAUGAUUUGUUGGUGGAGCAAAUGGGAUUGUGUACACAUUCAAUUUAUUGUGUGUUUUAAUAAAGUGCUAACCACUAGA